UUUUUUUGCACUAACAUUACAAAAAAUUAAAUAUGAUAAUAAUAAUAAAAUGUGACCAUUAUCAUUGUCACGGACGGCAAGCGUAUAGUGGCCAAAUGUCUUAUAGUAGAAGACCAUUUAAUUUUGAUCUUGUCAUUGGAACAAAAGCAGAAGGGGAGUUUGUAGAUGAAGUAACACCCUCUUCAGAUGGCAAUCUACUAUACUUAAGAAUAUCAUAUUUGCUUAUCUUACCACCCCAUAAAUGACACCAAGUGUCCCUUGUUUACAUCAUCAAUAGUUUUAACUAGUUUAAACAACCUCGAGUUUCGAGUUUUAUUUAAUACAGAAAAGGUGCUGAUGAAAGCAGCAAAUUAAGCCAUUAUCUAGGUGGUUGUUUAUUCCAAUACUUCAUGUUUUCUUGAAGCUUUCUUCCUUACAUAUUUGAUUGAAAGACUCUAACUCUAUCCAAAGUUCCUAGACAUCCUUGCUGAAAUAUAUUAAGAAUGUGAUGAAUGAUGAUGGUUGGUGGCCACCUGUGACAAUAUUUUAUUUUCGAUGUUUUGGGACUUAAUCCAUUCUAACCGUUGAAAAUUGCAUGCAAAAGUCAUUGACCAAGUAAGAGGUAUUAGUUAGCCUUAUCCAUCUUGGGGACGCGUUAAGUCUACCAUCGUUUGUUCAUUCAUUGUUCUCAUACUAUCAAGCCUUUGUUUUCUCAUUAAAACAUGAUUAAUGCUCCGCUUUGAUUAUUUGGGAUCAUUGCUUCCAUCCAAAAGUUUCAAAUUCGAUAGCAUCAGAAGAAAAUAUUGAGCUAUGGACAAACAACAUAAAGUGAUUCUUCUGCUGUUGCUUCUUUUCCAAGUUCUGCUUGUAGCAUCACAGACAGACAAUCGAGAUUAUUCUGGCCUAAAUUCUUUUACGCAAUCCUGGAGUAACAAGCCACAAAAUUGGGUGGGUUCAGAUCCUUGUGGUAGUGGAUGGGAUGGAAUCCGUUGCAGCGGUUCAAGAAUUACCCAAUUGAAACUACCAGGCUUGAAUUUGGGGGGCCAGCUGUCUUCGGCAAUUCAGUCUUUAACUGAACUAGAUACUGUGGAUCUUUCAUACAACACGGGCUUGACAGGAACAAUUCCGAAAGAAAUUGGGAAUUUGAAAAAACUAAAAUCCCUAGCAUUGGUUGGUUGUGGUUUCUCUGGUCCUAUUCCAGAUUCAAUAGGGUCUCUAACGCAGCUGACCUUUCUAGCACUGAAUUCUAAUAAGUUUAGUGGAAGUAUACCACGCUCUCUGGGAAAUCUAUCAAAUAUUGAUUGGCUUGAUCUUGCUGAAAACCAGCUUGAAGGGACUAUUCCUGUCUCUGAUGACCAAGGACGACCUGGCCUUGACCUGCUUCUUAAGGCUCAACACUUUCAUAUGGGGAGCAAUAAGCUCUCUGGUACAAUACCAUCAAAACUUUUUUCCUCCAGUAUGAGACUACAACACUUGCUUUUCGACCACAAUCAACUAGAGGGUAGUAUUCCUAGAAGCAUUAGUUCUGUGAGUUCAUUGGAGGUUGUGCGCUUUGAUGCCAAUCAGUUAAUUGGGGGACUGCCUUCAAACUUCAACAAUCUCGGAAAACUUAGUGAGCUCUAUUUAUCUCACAAUAAGAUGAAUGGCUCUCUGCCCGAUCUUACUGGAAUGAAUAGUCUCACCUAUGUGGACAUGAGCGACAAUAGUUUCAAUGCUACUAAUAUUCCUUCAUGGGUUUCAAAUCUGCCAGGACUGACAACAGUGAUACUUAAGGACAACCAGCUCAGUGGCUCAUUAAAUCUCAGCGAGUACAGCAAUAGUCUGCAACUCAUGAAUUUGGAGGAUAAUGGAAUAACAGGACUUGACCCGGAAAACAAUUUACCAAGUUUUGAUCUAAGACUAGCUAACAAUCCAAUUUGUCGUGAAAGUGGAGCUCUUGAAAGGAGUUAUUGCAAAGUGCCUCAAACCGUUCCCUCUUAUUCAACGCCACCAAAUAAUUGUGUACCUCAAUCUUGCGGUUCCAAUCAGAUUUCCAGCCCCAAUUGUAAAUGUGCAUUUCCCUAUACCGGACUUCUUAUAUCAAGAGCUGUUAGUUUCUCAAACUUCAGUAACACAAGUUACUAUAGGGAGCUUGAGCAGACUCUGCUGGAUACUUUUCAAAAGCAACGUGUUCCAGUGGAUUCAGUUUCUCUUAGUAACCCCUUCAGGAAUUCAACUUCUGAUAACUUUCAAUUGACUAUGGAUAUCUUCCCUUCUCAAACCGAUCGUUUCAACACAACUGGAGUUUUAACUAUUGCUUUUCUGUUUAGCAACCAAAUUUACAAACCCCCAGAAUUCUUCUCCCCUUACGUCUUCGAGGGUGCUAGUUAUGACUACUACGGAGGAGAACCAAAAAACUCAAAGUCAUCACAUACAGGGGUUAUAGUUGGUGCAGUAGUUGCAGUUUUGGUCUUUGUUGUACUAGCAUUCCUUGCAGGGAUGUAUGCCAUUCGCCAGAAAAGAAGAGCAAAAAGAUCUUCAGAGUUGAACCCUUUUGGAAAUUGGGAACAGAAUAAGAAUAGUGGCACUGCUCCUCAGUUGAAAGGAGCUAGAUGGUUUUAUUUUGAUGAUCUAAGGAAAUACACCAACAACUUCUCAGAAGCCAAUACUAUUGGAUCCGGAGGCUAUGGAAAGGUUUACCAAGGAAACCUUCCCUCUGGGGAGUUGGUUGCCAUCAAACGGGCUGCAAAAGAGUCUAUGCAGGGUGCUGUUGAGUUUAAAACUGAGAUCGAACUUCUCUCGAGGGUCCAUCAUAAGAAUCUGGUUGGUCUUGUGGGUUUCUGUUUUGAGAAGGGUGAACAAAUGCUGGUGUAUGAGUACAUUCCAAAUGGCACUUUAAUGGAUAGUCUCUCGGGAAAAUCUGGGAUCUGGAUGGAUUGGAUAAGGAGGCUUAAAGUAGCAUUAGGUGCAGCCAGGGGUCUGGCCUAUCUUCAUGAACUUGCUAACCCACCUAUCAUACACAGGGACAUAAAAUCAAGCAACAUCCUACUUGAUCAUCACCUCAACGCGAAAGUUGCAGAUUUUGGUCUCUCCAAACUUCUUGUUGACAGUGAUAGGGGCCAUGUCACUACUCAAGUCAAAGGGACAAUGGGAUACUUGGAUCCUGAAUAUUACAUGACCCAGCAGUUGACUGAAAAGAGUGAUGUAUAUAGCUAUGGAGUGCUAAUGCUGGAACUAGCAACAGCAAGAAGGCCAAUAGAGCAAGGAAAGUACAUUGUAAGAGAGGUAAUGAGGGUAAUGGACACAUCCAAAGAUUUAUACAACCUUCACUCUAUUCUAGACCCAACCAUAAUGAAAGGAACAAGACCAAAAGGUUUAGAAAAGUUUGUGGCGUUGGCAAUGAGGUGUGUCAAAGAAUAUGCAGCUGAGAGGCCUACAAUGGCUGAGGUUGUGAAAGAGAUUGAGAGCAUAAUCGAGCUUGUUGGAUUGAACCCCAAUUCUGAAUCAGCUACAACAUCAGAAACUUAUGAGGAAGCAGGUGGAGUAAAUGCUCAACAUCCGUACCGGGAAGAAGAUUUUAGCUACAGUGGAAUUUUUCCAUCAACAAGGGUAGAACCCCAAUAGGCUUUGCUUUGCUAUAUUUUUCUUUUGUAAUUCUUUUCCCUCUUCGGAUGCAAUCUCUGAGACCUGGUGUGUCAAUUUUGGAUUCAAAUCCUUAUAUAGGCGAGAGCUUCAGAAAAACUUGCUCUUUGAAAAUGACGAAGGUUCAAGUUGAAUUUUUAAAUUGGUUAUUGGAAGGUUGUACGUAUAUCUUUGUUCUUGUCAUGUAAAAUAGUUUGUUAAUUUUGAAUUGCUGUAAUAUUUGAAUGAAUGUAAGUAUGUUAUACAACGUUGUUCAAAACACA